AUGGGAGCAAAGAUUAGUAGUGAAACAUUGAUUGAGGAGAAUACGUAUCUACGACGUUUCGUUGGUUUGCAACCGAUUAGUGAUAAUGACCCAUUCUGGAAUCACUUCCUUUCCUUCAACUUCCUCAUCGAUUCUAAUAACAGAAAGGAAGUCGAGCAGUUUGAUAUUUCUUUAUCGGAUAGUCUCCAGUCGCUAAUGUAUAAUACACCAACAACUUGUAAUUUCGCGUCAUUUAUUCAUGUCCUUCUCAGACGGACAGCAGAACUGAAAGCUUCGGAAAUUUACAACAACACAAUUUUUCUUUGGCAAACAGGAAAUGCGUUAAUCAUCCUUCGGCAUAUUUGCAAGUUUUUAGUUCAAAGACUUAGCGAGACUGAAUUUAUCAAAGUUUUUCACAUGGAUAAAACCUAUUUGGGAAAAAAAGAUGCCUAUGAUUCUGAUUUUGAAGAGGAAUUUGAUGGUUUAUGUGAAAACAAGGCGGAAGAGUUACUGGAUACCCUGGUGGAUAUUUUGGUUGAUUUGCCUUCCAAUGAUUCCACGGAAACGAUUCACAUUGAAGCAGUAAAGUGCUUAAUGGUUCUGCUCAGUUCGCAGCUUUAUGAUGACGACGUCAUGAAAUCAAAUAUUUUUUACAGAUAUCUAAUGCAGGGCAAAUGCUCAACAAGAUCUUUGGAGCUUAGUCUGGCCUUAAUAUCAAAUUAUCUGCAACGGUAUACUCCAUGCGCCGUUAAACAUGAUAGGGAACCGGAAAGUAUUGUUCUGGGUCUUGCAGCGUCCGUUUGGUCAGCGGUGCAAAUUGUUACCGGUAUGGACGAUUCGAAUUCACUUAGCAAUGACAGCGAAAUUAUACCGCCUGUUUCUCUUGGAUCGUUGUCUGUGCUUCUCCUACUUAAUCUGGCAUGUCACCAAGAUCCGGAAACGAAGCUAAAUCCUUAUAAAGAAUCGCUUUCGAAGUUCCAAAAUUCUCAAGAAGUUUCAUCGCUGAAUAACAGUGAAACUGGUACAUUCAAACUAGACUACAGUUUGUUAUAUGAACGAUUAUGUGCUACAGUAAAUCAGCAGUCGCCUAUGUUGUUUCUGUACAUAUUGUUGCAUAGGAAUGUUGGCUUUCGAAAUUAUAUCCUUUCAAGAAUCAAUUUGGAAAAACUGGUACUACCAGUACUGAUUGUUCUUAGUGAUGGAGCUCAGAGCAGUGGUAUGAUUAAUUCAUACAAUGCACAUCAUGUAUAUUUAGCACUUAUUGUUAUCCUGAUUCUUAGCGAAGAUGACUUUUUCUGUAAAGUUGCCCAUGAAACGAUGAUAAAGAAUACAACGUGGUUUAAUAGCGAACGUCCAUUGGGAGAGAUUUCACUGGGUGGUUUAAUUAUUUUAGUUUUUGUUCGUAUUAUACAACUCAAUACUUUAAAAACAAAGGAUCGUUAUCUGCAUACAAAUUGUCUUGCAGCUUUAGCUAAUAUGUCUUCCUAUUUCAAAAAUCUCCCAUCCGUUGUUUGUCAAAAACUGAUCGGAUUGCUUGAGGUUUUUACUCGACGACAUGCAAAACUAAUUGAAAAUAUGCGCGUCAGGGCUGAAUAUGAUAUCAUUCAGGAAAAGGAAUCGCAUAAUUAUCAUAAGGAUAUAACCGCUUUGGAAGAAGGUAUACGUACUUUACUCGAAAUUUGCAACAGCUGCCUUUCUUCAAAUCUUCGUUCAAACCCGCAUUUCAUUUACACAAUACUUUAUAAACGUGAUCUGUUUGAUGCUUUUCAAAAUCAUCCGAUGUUCCAGGAUUUGAUUUGGAAUAUUUGCGCAGUUAUCAAUCACUUUGCAUCACGAGUGCAACUUCUAGAAAGGGGAUCUUCAGUGAGCGCUAUUCUUGCUACAAUUCAAAAAGGAGUACUCCACUGGCCUACUGAUAGGCUGAAAAAGUUUCCAGAAUUAAAAUUCAAAUACGUAGAAGAUGACAAUACAGUGGAAUUUUUUGUUCCAUAUGUUUGGCGAUUAACAUUCCAGUUCUCAACCUUGUACUGGGAUGCAACACGUAUCCGCCUCUUCAAUACUUCUUUCCUUACGUGA